AUGUCGGCGGGCUUCCGUAUCACGCCCGCCCUAUGGGACCGCAUCCACCACUUCGCGUCGUUUCCCCAGACUGGCGUAUCGCUCCAGCAGAUGGUCCUCUUCGGGCAGAACCCCAGCCAGGGGACGCUGCUAAAGGCAAGCCAGUUUCUCGCUGAGGAACUCCCUGUCCGGCUCGCCCACCGCGUCAAAGAGCUCGACGAGCUGCCCCACAACCUCAGCGCGAUGCCCUCGAUAAACAAAGUGAAGAACUGGUAUGCGCAAUCGUUUGAGGAACUCAUCAGCUUCCCGCCCAUCGUGCUCCCUCCCGACAUCCGCCAGGCGCUCAUCGCUCCGCGCGCCGAUGAGCUUGUGCUGCCCGAAUCGACACCAAACCCAUCGCUGGACGACUCUGGCUACGCGUACCUCCAUGGCCAUGGGAACGGUAAUGGGAACGGCAACAAGCUCAAGCUAAGAGUGCCCAUGGAGAAGAGGUACUACGCCAACACCAAAGGCAUCAGCUGGCCGCCUGAAGUCGCCGACUACAAUACUCGCUUCACCAAGGCGCUAGAGAUGAUCAAGACGCGACAUGACCCCACGGUGACGACAGUGGCGCAGGGCGUGUUGGAGUGGAAGAAAAGCCAAGGAGCGCGGACGAUUGGACUCGAUAUCCAGGCGUGGCUGGAUAGGUUUUACCUUUCUCGAAUUGGGAUACGGUUUCUUAUUGGCCAACAUAUUGCUCUAAAUCGACAACAACCCCACGCCGACUACGUCGGAAUCAUAUGCACCAACGCCAACGUCCACGACAUUGUCCAAGAAGCUAUAGAAAACGCGCGAUUCGUGUGUGAAGAGCACUAUGCGAUGUUUAAAGGGCCGCCAGUCCAACUCAUUUGCCCACCCGACCUCUGUUUCCCCUACGUUCCGGGCCAUCUGUCCCACAUCGUCUUCGAGCUGUUGAAGAACUCGCUUCGGGCAGUGGUGGAGCGGUUUGGGGUUGAGCACGAGGACCGCUUCCCGCCUAUCAAGGUUGUCGUUGUCGAGGGGAAGGAGGACAUCACCAUCAAGAUCUCGGACGAGGGAGGCGGCAUUCCGCGAAGUGCGAUUCCACUUAUAUGGACGUACAUGUACACCACGAUGGAGGGCCAGGGCAUCGACCAGGACUUCCACGCGAGCGACUUCAAGGCGCCGAUGGCCGGGUUUGGGUACGGGCUUCCGCUGAGUAGGCUCUAUGCGCGGUACUUUGGCGGCGAUCUAAGGCUGAUUGCGAUGGACGGGUUUGGGACGGACGUUUACAUACAUUUGAACCGGCUGUCGAGUAGCAGGGAGCCGCUGCAGUAA